UCGAGUGUGUGUUGCGAUGGUAACGAUAACGAUUGUAUAAACUAUCAACUGAAACUUGUUUGCAAUUGAUUGAAGACAUAAGACUUGUAGUUUCAAAUAUCCAAAGACGCUUCCAAGAUGAAGAUUGAAGAAGUGAAAAGUACAGCAAAAACUCAAAGGAUAUCAGCACAUAGCCACAUUAAAGGUUUAGGUCUGGAUGAUGGUGGGACAGCAAUUCAAAUGGCAGCGGGAUUAGUUGGUCAAGAAUCAGCACGUGAGGCCGCAGGAAUUGUAGUUGACAUGAUUAAAAGUAAGAAAAUGGCUGGCCGAGCAUGUCUUUUAGCAGGACCACCAGGGACUGGAAAAACAGCCAUAGCUCUUGCAAUUGCUCAAGAACUUGGCAAUAAGGUUCCAUUUUGUCCCAUGGUUGGCUCUGAAGUUUACAGUUCUGAAAUAAAGAAGACAGAAGUGUUAAUGGAAAACUUCCGUCGUGCUAUUGGGUUAAGGAUCAAAGAAACAAAAGAGGUUUAUGAAGGUGAGGUGACUGAGCUAACACCUGUAGAGACAGAAAAUCCAAUGGGAGGGUAUGGCAAGACCGUAAGCCAUGUCAUAAUUGGACUUAAGACUGCAAAAGGUACAAAACAGCUGAAGUUAGAUCCAUCAAUAUAUGAAUCCCUACAGAAGGAGAAGGUGGAGACAGGUGAUGUAAUUUAUAUUGAGGCGAACAGUGGUGCGGUUAAGAGACAAGGUCGAAGUGAUACCUUUGCAACAGAAUUUGAUCUUGAAGCAGAGGAAUAUGUUCCACUUCCAAAAGGAGAUGUCCAUAAGAAGAAGGAGGUUAUCCAGGAUGUGACACUGCAUGAUUUGGAUGUUGCUAAUGCAAGGCCACAAGGAGGCCAGGAUAUCCUGUCCAUGAUGGGACAACUAAUGAAACCAAAGAAAACUGAAAUCACAGACAAACUACGAAAGGAAAUUAAUAAAGUGGUCAACAAGUAUAUUGACCAGGGCAUUGCUGAACUGGUUCCUGGAGUCUUAUUCAUUGAUGAGGUUCACAUGUUGGAUAUUGAAACCUUCACAUACCUUCACCGUGCUCUGGAGAGUGCUAUCGCUCCAAUUGUCAUUUUUGCAACUAAUCGUGGCCGCUGUGUUAUAAGAGGUACAGAGGACAUUAUUUCUCCACAUGGGAUACCUCUGGAUCUCCUUGAUAGGCUCCUGAUUAUCCGUACAUUGCCAUACUCCCGUGUUGAGAUGGAGCAGAUUCUUAGGCUCCGGGCACAGACAGAGGGAAUACAAAUUGAUGAAGCAGCACUUAGCAUGGUGGGGGAAAUUGGCACAAGAACAACCCUCCGGUAUGCUGUUCAACUGUUAACACCAUCAGCUCUAACAGCAAAAGUAAAUGGACGAUCUGUUAUUGCUAAAGAAGACAUUCAGGAAGUCGGAGAACUGUUCUUGGAUGCGAAAUCAUCAGCCAAGAUUCUUUCACAGCAUAAAGACAAAUAUAUGAAGUGACCAUUUUUCAAUAACCUGGCUGCUUGUUUCCUGGUUUCUGAUAGAUUUAAGCUGUGGAAAUACCUCGAAGUUCAACUGAUGUAUCACUCAUACCCGUCAGUCUAAAAUCAAAACAAUUAUAAAGCUUUGGUCAUAUUUUUAUAUUCUGAAACAAACUUAUUUUCCAAAAAUUAUCCCUCAGUAUGCUGUUUUCAGUAAUCGGUUUAGAAUACCAUACUGAACUCCAAUGCAAAUACCUUGUCACACUUUGUUUUUCCCUUAUAUUUGAUGGCUGUUCGAAUGAAACCUGUUUUGGACUCUUCUGUCUGAAGGAACAGAGGCCAUUAAAAGCAACAAAAAACUGUGGGCAUUGAGGCUGAUAUCCCAAUGACUCACCAUCCAGUGGAUCCCUUUUGCUACUGUCAUGCACACAUCAUAAUCUAUUACAUUUAUUAGCAGCACCAUGAAAGGGUCUCAUUUGAACAACCCUCAUACCACUUAUUCGUCUCAAAAAUAUAAUAUGCAAAGUAUAUGUACAGCUCUGGCUACUCAUGCUUAAUUAAAUAGUGUAUCAUUUAUUCCCCUUACGCAAAUAGUUGGGAUAUAUUUUUGUCACCUAACCUUUAACCCUUUCCAGUCGUUCUGGUUAGAAAACUUCACAACCAGAUCGUCAAGGGUUUUUAAAUGCCUGCCGAGUCACUAAGUGAACCGUUUUGCCUGAAAAGUUGGUGCAACAAGGGCAUAAAGUUAAAAAAGAAAGCCAAAUGUAUACUUACAUUUUCAAUUGUCCAGUUCUUGGGCCAACUCAACAUUGCUGUAACGUGUCAGUGAAAUUGCGGUAGUCUUCAAUACCAGACACACUGAGACAUUAGUCUGUCCAUCAAGAAAAGAACUAUUCUUGAAAUGAACAGGUUUUCAAAGCAUCGCCUGCAACUUUUCUGUAUUUUGGAAUUAUACUGUGAAUGUAACCAAUGUCACUUUCAGUCAAUGCAAAUAAUCUGAUGUCCAACUUCGUUGUUUUUUUUUUUUUGAUUACAAAUUAUGAAAAUUAUUUUGCACUUGAACCCAACUGUUGAUUCUUGUAUUGCAAUUUUUUACGUGCACAAAAUUUUUCCUAAAUUGUUUUUCUAUAUGUUUUAUCAACCCAUGUCCUUGUUUUUGAUGGCUAAAUUGCUUAUUCAGUGGCAUCAUUUCCCCACAUGCACCAUCGCCCACUGUCAUGUCUUCCCACCCACCAACACGCAACAUUUGUUUCGCUCUCACUCUCUGACAUUUUGUUGGUCGAUUCUUCACUUGCAGUUUUCCUUCAAUUUCCAAUUAUCUCAUCAUCAGAGUAAAUAUGGAGUUUUUCACUUAACACAGCACUACUAGAUUCGUCAUCCACAUCACGCAAGGAAUUAUAUCUAGUUUCUUCAAUCCAGAGGGCCAUGAUUCAGCUGAAUGUAAAAGCAUGCUACUAACAUGUGACAUGCCAUAAUAUAUAAAUAUCAUUCAUUCCUCAAGAAGUUCAAAUUAUGACUUCCAGAUAGCAGGAGGAGGAAAACAAAACAUUCGUGCAUGUGUUGGUAUAGUUUACAGUGCCAACUAGUGACGUAUGAUUGAAAUAUGACCGCAGAAAUACAAAACAAACUUUGUCGAUAAUAUUGACAUUUGUCCAUGGAAGCACAGUCACAUGUUGAUUAUAUAUUUACAUUCGACUGGAAAGGAUUAAAUGCCUACAUUACCAACUGUAAAGUAAUUUGGAAGUCACAGGUGUUUACAAUGUUCCAUGCUUUAGUUAACAUAUUCUUUGCAAUUUUUAUUUCAACGAUUCUGGAUAUAUACUCUUUAAAUAACUUAAACCUUAUAUGAUCUGUUUUCUGAAAAUGAUUGGAAAAAUCUGGUCACAAACAUCUUAGUGCCAUUCACACAACAUUAAUAAAAAAAAUGUAUACAGCUUUGUCCAAACACCCUUGUAUGAAGUUACCAUACCGUCUUAUUCUUACACAAAAGUUAUUGUACUCAUAACCCAAGCACCACAAUAAAAAUAAUUAUUGUAAUCUCCAAUACUGGCUACAGGUUACAUAACUCAGAACCUGUUUCCUGCAAUUUGUCAUGUUCAUUAUUUUAUCUCCAUAUUCAUGUAUGUCAGAAACAUAUCAGAUAUGUAACAAUUUAAAUUCUGAUUACAGUGUGAACAUACAAGGGCUUCCUCAAGAUCACUGGGCCACUCAAUGUCAGUUUGGGCUGCAGUGAUUCAGAUUGGUGAUGUAAUCAGUAAACCAAAAGCCUAUAUAGCCCAAUAAAUUGUUUACAGCUAGUUAAGCAAGCACUUAUGUGCUAACUCACUGUAUUCCUGAGCCAUCAUUCAAUGUUUGGCUUCUAAAUUCAUGCUUCACAAGACAGAAAAAAAAUUAAUAUUUCACACUGCCUUUACCAGACUGUGAGAAUGAGAUACCAAGUAUAUCAGCCUUCAGGAUUCAUACAAGCUCCACAGAGGAUAGAAAUCAUGUUUCUGUCCUUGAGACAAAUUCUGCGAAGUCUUGUAUUUUUCUCCUUUUUGGCAGAAUAUGAAGAGUCUGUGGCAGGAGACCCUCUAUUUCAUUAUUAGGUCUAGGAGGGACUGCUCACAGAUAGAGAUUUUGCAUGAUUAGUCUGGAUUAUUGUGUCCUGUCAGUUUUACCUCGGUCUGUAUCUCUACACUCUAAUGCAGUGAAGAAAUGUUUUCACUUGCUUGAUGAAGUCAGAG